CAAACACUAGGCCUCACUGCCUGCCCUCCCCUCUAGCCUCCAGCACACCUGCAGAGCAUGGCAAGCAUUCAACCCACAUACCAACAUGGGGACAAAGGAUGCAUUUUUAUGGAGCGCUGAUCCUGUUUGUGACUGUGUCUGCGGCAUGUGGACUGACCUGCUACCAAUGUCAAGGCAAAGGCUGCACGGACACGGUCACUUGUCCAGCUUCCUCCGGAUUGGAUCGGUGUACCAGCAUCGAGGUGAACGGUGUUGUCACCAAGAGCUGCAUGAAGAGUGCAGAUUGUGUUGCAGCGAUACCGACACCGUGCUGCUCCACUGACUUGUGCAACGGAGCCACACCCGCCGCCUCCAGCUCCACUGACUUGUUCACCGGAGCCACACCCGCCGCCUCCAGCAUCCUCCUCCUGAUGGCAUCAUCGGCCAUCGUCACGCUCUUUCUCUGAGCUACAGAUAUUAAAAUAUAUAACAAUGUUUGUCUUCUUUCAUCACCAAUUUGUACAACCUAAGAAGAAUAAAGCCUUGAUGUAUAAAAGCUGA